CUCUCUCCGUCCCUUCACUCUCCUCCUUACCACUCUCGUCUCCCCACCCGCAUCCCCCAUCAAUUCGUCACCAUGUCCACCGGUCUCGACAUCGUCCACACUGCUGGCGCCGCCCAACCCGUCGGCCCCUACUCCCAAGCCAUCAAAGUCAACGGCCAGAUCUUCCUUUCGGGCCAGAUUCCCCUCACCAAGGACGGUGUUCUGAUCCAGGGCUCCAUCACCGAGAAGACUCGCCUCUGCUGCGAGAACAUCAAGGCCAUUGUUGAGGAGGCUGGUUCCAGCGUCGAGAAGAUCUUUAAGGUUACGGUCCUGCUCGCCGAUAUGGCCGAUUUCGAUGAGAUGAACCAGGAGUACGCCAAGUUCUUUGCUCAUAAGCCUUCUCGCUCCUGCUUUGCUGUUAAGCAGCUGCCCAAAGGUGUGCCGGUUGAGAUUGAGUGCAUUGCUUUGGCCUAAGGGCUGGAUAUGAAUGUUGAUAGUUGAAUAAACAAGCAAUUGCAGAGUAUGUCUAUAUAUUAUUAUGGCACGG